AUGGAAGCGGCUUUGCUCAACGAGUACCAGAUCAUCCACCUGAUCUACCAUCGGGACUCGAACCAGCACCGAUCAGCUGUCUGGUGGAAGCAUUUCAACAUUCUACAUCGUCGUUUACGCACUAUUUUACAGCUCUUGCUAGACAUUGACGAGAUUUCCGGAAAAAACCAACUCACCUCGCUAAAAUUCUCCAAAUCGCACACACCCAAAUUCCGCAAACGCAAUCUGAGCCCCACACAAGCAGAUUCUCUGUUGAAACUGAAAUCCGGCCAGCUCCAAUCGGUCAUCGAUUACUUGCUAGAUCACGUUCUGGGUGCAUGCUACUAUAGAUUCUACAGUAUUAUAGAGCUGGGCCAAUACAUUGCUCUGGGGUUUACUUUGAUUGCAUCCAUCGCCCGGAUCAGAAAGAUCCUGCUCCAAAUGCGAACCACAACGCAUGAAAAGUCAUCGGAUAUUCUGCCCGAGCAGAAUUCCCAAGAUCUUGGAGAAUUGAUUUCCCCUGCAGAACUGACUACUAUUGACAACCCGCCUCCGAAAAAGCACAAACAAAAGCAAAAGAAGAAGUCCCGGAAAACCAUCGACGACAUAUUCGGUUUCUAA